AUGCGGUUACUAAUGUUAGGUAUCCUAUAUUCGCAGAGGGAUGGCCACGCGCAGCCAGGCGAUGAGGACAAGGCAAUAACUGGUACCAUCAGUCCUGCCGCGGCAUCAAUCUCGCCACGUGGAAACGCCAUCAUCACUGAGUUCGAAAAUUCUACCGCACAUGCACCAUACGCUAAGGCAAGACACAUAGCGCAACCUACGUCUUCCCAAGAAGAACUGGAUCUAGGUGGUCUCUCUGCUGGAGCCAACGUUAACAAGCUGCAUGAGCAAGCCGACCCACAAGCAUUAACCGAGCACAUGGUCAUCUCACCCUCCGGACAGUAUCUCGCAGCUCGAGAUCUGUCUAUACCUUUCAAUCCAUCUGAAUACACUCAGCCACUAGAGUUUUUCCAGCCAUUAGCGAACCUAGAGAUGUUGGAGCUUUUCCCAGCAGACGCACUUCCCACUUUCUCGGACGUUGGAUCUCAAGAAGCAGUGCUUGAUUUUACAGACCUGUCCUUUUGGAAACAAUGA